GUGGAGAAGAGAGUCCUUCACACUCCAUACAUUACAUACUACCUUUGGUGGCCUCUUCUUCCUAUUUCAUCAUAAAUAAAUCAUAAGAAAAAAAAAGAGGAGCCCAUAGAUGGAGAAGAAGAAGACCAUGUUCGUUGAACAGAGUAUCACAGAUCACGAGAUUGGUGAUUCUAAUAAAAACUUCGACGAUGAUGGCCGCGAGAAAAGAACUGGGACAUGGAUGACGGGGAGUGCACACAUUAUAACCGCGGUGAUAGGGUCGGGAGUGUUGUCGUUGGCUUGGGCAAUCGCACAGCUCGGAUGGGUGGCAGGACCCGCCGUGCUAAUGGCUUUUUCGUUCAUAACAUAUUUUACAUCAACCAUGCUUGCCGAUUGUUAUCGUUCCCCUGACCCUGUUACUGGCAAACGCAACUACACCUACAUGGAAGUUGUCCGAUCCUACUUAGGAGGAAGAAAAGUGCAAUUAUGCGGAUUGGCUCAAUACGGGAAUCUGAUUGGAAUAACAAUUGGCUACACAAUCACAGCUUCGAUAAGCAUGGUGGCGGUGAAGCGGUCGAAUUGUUUCCACAAAAAUGGGCAUAAAGUGAAAUGUGCCACUUCAAACACUCCCUUUAUGAUCGUAUUUGCAAUCAUCCAAAUUAUUCUUAGCCAAAUCCCAAAUUUCCACAACCUCUCUUGGCUCUCCAUUCUAGCGGCCGUAAUGUCCUUUUGUUACGCCUCCAUUGGCAUUGGUCUCUCCAUCGCCAAAGCGGCUGGUGGCGGUGAGCACGUAAGAACGGCACUGACAGGAGUUACGGUCGGGGUUGAUGUAUCGGGUUCCGAGAAAGUAUGGAGAACGUUCCAAGCGAUUGGAGACAUCGCAUUUGCCUAUGCAUACUCAACUGUACUCAUUGAAAUACAGGACACCCUGAAAGCAGGUCCACCAUCAGAAAACAAAGCCAUGAAAAGAGCAAGCCUCGUGGGUGUUUCCACAACGACCUUCUUCUACAUGUUAUGCGGAUGUGUUGGUUAUGCUGCCUUUGGAAAUGAUGCGCCCGGGAAUUUUCUAACCGGCUUUGGUUUCUAUGAGCCAUUCUGGCUAAUUGACUUUGCCAAUGUUUGCAUAGCAGUGCAUCUUGUUGGUGCUUACCAGGUCUUUUGUCAGCCCAUUUUUCAGUUCGUAGAGAGCCAGAGCGCAAAACGUUGGCCAGAUAACAAGUUCAUCACAAGAGAAUACAAAGUCCAUGUCCCUUGCGGUGGUGAAUUUAGUAUCAACUUUUUCAGAUUGGUUUGGAGGACUUCAUAUGUUGUUGUCACCGCGGUUGUAGCCAUGAUCUUCCCUUUCUUCAACGAUUUCUUGGGUCUUAUUGGAGCAGCUUCCUUCUGGCCUUUGACAGUUUACUUUCCCAUUGAGAUGCACAUUGCUCAGAAGAAGAUAAAUAAGUUCUCUUUCACUUGGACUUGGCUAAAAAUCUUGAGUUGGGCUUGUUUCAUCGUCUCCCUCGUUGCUGCAGCCGGAUCUGUGCAAGGACUCAUAACAAGUCUCAAGGAUUUCAAGCCUUUCCAAGCUCCCUAAUGGAAUUUGUGUUCUCACCAUAACGUCUCAAAGAACACAAACUUACAUGAACUCUCUUCUCUCCAAUAAAAGUGUCUAUUUCUUUGUAAUUUAUUGGUGUUUUAUCACACAGCAAAAUGUUGUAUUGUACUUGCUUGUUUGAAGAUCUAUCAGCAAUUAGCCCCAUUUCCGUUUUC